AUGAAUGUAUGUAAAAAUUACAAGUUAAAUUUGUUUCUAGUUAUUUGUACAUCUCCAUUUUGCAAUUGCGAAGAGUGUCCCAGUGAUCACCUUUGCAAAGGAAGGUGUGAGUUAGUGGGAAAUUUUAAAAUUUGCAUUUGUAAUCCGGGAGAGACAAAUUGGGAUUGUAAGUUAGAUCUUGAUCUUUGCAACAGAGAUUGUGUCAUUGGAGGCACAGAUAACCAGUGUACGAAGUUGCUGUGUAAUAAGGGUACUUGUAAUAACACUUUAACAUACCCAUUUUACAGUUGCAACUGCGGCCCAUUUUAUACUGGACAAAAUUGUCAAAUCGAGAAUAAUCCUUGUAUACUAAGUAAUGCCAACCCCUGUAGUAAUGGAAGGUGCGAGUUUAUCCACGGAAUAAACAAGGUUAACUGUCACUGCAAUCCGGGGUGGAAAGCUAGAGAUUCUGAAACAAAUUACACAAUAGAUUGGGGGAGUGCCAAGGUUAUAAUUGAUCCCCCUUGCAGUGAACAAGUAUUUUAUGGGAUUUCUAAAAUAGCGCCUCGUUUAUCACAAGGAAAUCGCGUGAUUUGGCAUAUAGUAUUUGGUAUACUUUCUUUAAUUUUCAUUUGGCAAUUUUACAUGUUAUGCAUUAAUAUUGCGACGAUUAAAUCAGAUCGAUCUAAAUCAGAUAGCGCACUAACUACUGCCACAACUGUUGAAUGA